GAUGAUUCUUUUCGUCGACGCUCCGAUCUGGUAAACGUGGCGGUGAAGAAGAUCCGGUUCGCUGCGUCGAUUGCGUUCAGAUUCGUUGAUGCGUGCGACAUUAGUGAUACUGCGUCCGAUUGUAGCUGCGGGAGACAUCACUUAAAAGAGAAGCAAACGUAAGAUCGAGUCACAUUUAGUCAAUUUUCUCGCCACCCUACCAAAUUGUUUCACGUGAAAAUCGAGGGGUUCGAUCAUACGUGAUCGAUCUCGCAACGGAGACGUUGAUCACGCGUCGUCGUUGCUUUCUCGAAUCGGUCGGAAUGAUUUGCAACGGGCAGUCAUCGAGAGAAAGAACGCGGCAAUAAAUAUAAGCUAUCCUCGUGAAGCAAGAAGAACGAUUAAAUCGGGACAUUUGACACGCCAACGACGAGCUAUGAUAUCCGCCCUUGAACAUUCAAACACCAUAGGCGCGAUACGUUUCGACUGCUUCAGCCGGCCAGUCUCGAAGUAACAACCUCGAUACGCACGCACGUAUGCACGUACGCACGUACGCACGUAGCACGCACACCGGCAGCGAAACAGGCACGCACGCACGCACGCACGGUAUGGUCGAGAUCUUUCGAAGAAGAUAAGACACAGAGGCGAGAUUCGCGCGUUCUUUAAUGAACGUUGCGCCGAUCCUGGUUGCAUUCUGUCAGUGAGUCUUCGUUCACGAGGAAAACGAGGUUUCAGAGGAGGAAGAGAAGACCUUGAGAGAGAUCCCUGCCUGUUGCGAAGCUUUUUGUGCAUGUACGCGUACGCGUACGUACAGCGACGGAGCUCUCGGCUCGAAUGUUUUGAAAGAUAUUCAUUCGCUUCACGAUAACGCUCCACGUGUUUUUUUUAUUCGAUGCUUCGUUCAAAAGUGAUCGAUACGCGCGCACGCGCCGACUGAUGCAUCGGGUCGAUCUAUAUCGAUAUGAUACGAUCUACAUACGCGUGAUUCCUCUCUCUCUCUCUCUCUCUCUCUCUCUCUCUCUCUCUCUCUCUCUCUCUCUCUCUUUCUCUAUAGUUCCCAAUAUCGGAAAAACAAGUACUUGCGAAAACGAAUAGAUGCGCGAGUAUCAGUGGGAAUCUGAGAAAUGUCGCGAAUUUCGAAUCGCGUCGCCACGAUCGGCGCGGCCCUCGCCAUUGCUUUGCUCGUGAUAUUGCUGGUGAUCCUGUGGUCGGAUGUGCGUAAUGUAAACGGAAUCGAAGAUUUUCGUCAAAUACCGAACGACUCGUCGACCAAUCGCAUUGUCAAUGAAACGUGGAGAAAACAGGCCGAUGACCUCCGCCGCGCUACUGCGACGCAUCUGCUUUCGACCUAUCAAUCGAAUCAACGCAACUUUACGAACGACGUGCUUUUUGAGGAACCAAAAAAUACGAAGAAAUACAAUAAUAUAUCGUCAAUCGAUGUAUUACCAUCCGCUAAGGGCAACCUCGAGUACAUCAAGCCUUUAAAAAUUAGUCAAAAUCAAUAUGAAGAUCCACCCGAAAGCUUUUCUACGGCGGAGAGACAUCACAGUGGUCAUUUUCGACACGCGUCAGCUGAAGUUUGGGACCCUCAUCCGCAGUAUGAAUUUACCGCUUUCGGGAAACGAUUCCGCCUGCGAUUGGCACACGACGCCAGUUUUGUAUCUCCCGGCAUAAAGGUAACACACACGAGUGAGAACAUAACCAGCAGAGAACACACUGGUCAUCAGCUGGGUUGUUUCUACAGCGGGUCAGUUGAUGGUGAUCCGAGUUCAGCGGUCAGUGUCAGUCUUUGUCAUGGAAUGACUGGCCAUAUGAAGACAUCAAUAGGUAACUACUUCAUUAAACCUACCGAACAUUGGCGCGAAGGUGAUGAAGAUUCUCUCGGAUCUUCUCUAGAGCAUGCAAUCUACCAUGUACCUACGACGACGUCCAAUUUCAAUGAUGAUACAAAUGUUAAUAUAUUGGAAGAUGAAGUUAAGAAUCGCAAUUGUGGAGUCACAGACUAUGAUUUGGACGACACUACCUUGUUAGUGGAUGAUAAUUUUUCUCACAAAAUCGAUGUUAGAAAGCAUUUGCGAGAACGUAGAUCAUUGACGAGGAAGACUGCAUCGUUGGAGCGGUUUCUUAGAGAGAAGGAAGAAAAACAUAAGCGAUUCACGAAGCAAAGCGAGCAUAGUCAAUAUUUCUUUCAAAAAGAUGACUACGAUGACAGGUAUCACAGCAUGGAACGUGAACGCAGCUAUCAAGAAUAUUCCCAAGACUCGGAAAUGGAUUCGGAUCCUUUUCUUACAUGGAGACCACGGCGGGCUUUACCGCGUGAAUAUUUCAUAGAAAUUAUGGUGGUGGCCGAUGCAAAAAUGGUGAAAUACCAUGGUAGCGGUUUAGUUAGCUACAUUCUAGUCCUCAUGAGCACGGUCUCACGAAUCUACAAGGACCAUUCUAUCGGCAAUCCAGUGAGUAUAGCUGUGAUGAAAAUCGUCCAAACCGACGAAAUAUUCGGUACUAAACAAAGCGGAAGCGAUGGUAUCGCUGCGGCUCUAAUGUUAAAGCAAUUUUGUCAAUGGCAAAAAAACAACAAUCCUGACGAACCAUCUCCAGAACAUCACGACGCUGCACUUCUUUUAACUAGAGAAAACUUGUGCCAUAAUCCGGAUCAAAAGCGUUGUGACACUUUGGGCUUGGCGGAAUUGGGUAGAAUGUGCUCACCAGGAGCUUCAUGCGCUAUAGUACAGGAUAAUGGAUUAGCAGCGGCGUUUACUAUCGCCCACGAGAUUGGUCAUGUACUCAAUAUGCCGCACGACGAUGAUCCGAAAUGCAGGAGUUUCAGGAAUCGUACGGGUGUACACAAUGUGAUGUCUCGUAUGCUAGAUGAUAAUACUUUCCCCUGGGAAUGGUCCAGGUGUUCUCGACAUUAUGUUACCGAAUUUUUCGAAUCGGGAUAUGCCAAUUGUUUGCUGGAUGAACCUAGUAAAACAAUGGAGAGACAAGCAGGUCGGUUACCCGGUGAGGAUUAUUCAAAGGAUAAACAAUGCGAACUUGUAUUUGGACAAGGAUCUAGAAUCUGUUCUCUUAAGGAGAAGGAUGUGUGUAAGACAUUGUGGUGCACCGUGCCACAAUGGAACCAUCACCAACGAUGUCAUACUCAACACACCCCGUGGGCAGACGGUACGCCAUGCGCUCCCCAGAAAUGGUGUCACCGUGGCGAAUGCGUUUCACGUAGAAACCUCGAACCAGUGCACGGUCAAUGGGGCGAAUGGGGAAGAUACGGCGAGUGUUCGCGAACCUGCGGCGGCGGUGUCAAAAAGAAAUAUCGUGAGUGCGAUAAACCAGCACCGAUGAACGGUGGCAAUUAUUGUAUCGGCGAGCGCGUCAAAUAUCGUAGUUGCGGCAUCAGAGAGUGUCCACCAGAUAGUCCGGAUUUCAGAGAACAGCAGUGUGCGAAAUUUGACAACAACAAUUUCAACAUCCAGAAUCUCACUAGAGACGUCAAGUGGCACGCAAAAUAUAAUAAAAUAGAGCCAGAAGAGCUUUGUAAAUUGUAUUGUCGAGUGGAAAGCAAUCAGUAUUACAUGCUACGUGAUAAAGUAAUUGAUGGAACGCCCUGUGGUCCCGACAUUUUUGAUAUAUGUGUUAACGGCCAAUGUAAACCAGCUGGUUGUGAUCACGUUUUGAACUCGACGGCAAAGCUCGACAUCUGCGGAGUUUGUAGAGGCGAUAAUUCCACUUGUCAAAGGAUCGCAAGCUCCUACAAUUCUAGCGUAUACGGUUAUACGAGAGUAGCCAAAAUCCCUGCCGGCAGCAGUAACAUUGACAUUAGGCAACAUGGAUGGCUGGGCGCUUACAAUGACAGUAAUUAUCUUGCUAUACGAAUUGGAGAAGAUGGAGAAUACAUUCUAAAUGGCAAUUUUAUGGUAAUGCACCGUAAAGUGAUCGUCCAUCCAGGCGUCACUAUUGAAUACAGCGGACCAGAACCAGUCGUCGAACGCCUAAACAGUUCUAGAUCUAUCGCCAUCGAUUUAAUUUUGGAGGUACUGUCCGUAGGAAAAAUAGAUCCACCGCAAAUUGUGUACGAAUAUACCAUACCGAAAAGAAUUCUAGACAGCCAUACGUGGGUGCUGACCAAUUGGUCAAUCUGCAAUCGAGUGUGUCAAGGUAUGAUGUAUCGUGAGGCUGAAUGUAGAAAUAUCGAGCGCAAGAAUCUAGUGCUCAACGAUUACUGCCAAGCUGAAGAGAAACCACGAGGCGAGAGUCGAAUGUGCAACACGCAUUGCACCCUGCAGUGGCAGAUAAGCUCUGUGUCGGAGUGCUCGAGUCUUUGCGGUCCGGGGACGCGAAACAUCACCUUGCAAUGUGUUCAAAUUCUGUUAGACUCGUCGCACGCUCCACGUUCAAUAUCUGAACACGCGUGUUUACACGUUGAGAAACCAAGCGAGAUUCAGUCUUGCGUAGGCCCGUGCAACGACGUUCAUUGGAGUUACAGCGAGUGGACUGCCUGCAGCGUCUCAUGUGGCAGUGGUGUACAAACGAGAAGCGCGAUAUGUGUUGAUUCAAACGAGAGACAAGUACGAGAUGAAAACUGCGCUGGACAGGAGAAACAUUUCAACAACAUAUGCGUUAAAAAAGCUUGUCCAAAGUGGGACCUAGGAGAUUGGACUCCGUGUUCCACGACAUGUGGCGUCGGCGAACGACACAGAACUUCUUGGUGCCAAAUCGAGAAUCACGUGGUAGUAGACACUUACUGCAGAAACAUUCCGAUUGAAACGACAGAGAUCUGUGACGCUGGCCCUUGUCAUCAGUGGCAUGCCGGCGAUUGGAGUCCGUGUUCGGUGACAUGUGGUAAAGGAACAUCACGAAGGAAAGUUGUUUGCAAAAGUGUUGAUGGUGCAACUAGUAACGAGUGUUCCAUUUCCGAAAAACCGGAAAAUACCACUCUCUGUACGCUUGCCCCGUGCCCCAGUGUUCAGGUGAGUCUGCCGCCGAUUACAUACUCGUCCAAUUCCCCUCGCGGAAAUCCUUCUCAACAAGACAAUGAGAUUGACAAUAGUAUUACAUCGCACUUUGAUUACAAAUGGCACGUAGGAUCUUAUGGAGACUGCUCGAAAAAAUGUGAUGCUGGAUACAAAACCAGAUUAGUAAAAUGUGUAUCCUUGAAAACGGGAAUGAUUGAGUCCGAUCACUAUUGCGACUCCAAUAAACGGCCGAUGGCCAGCAGCACGUGCAAUCAACAUCCGUGUCCUACUUGGAGAACCAGUAAUUGGAGUGAGUGUGAUGUGGAGUGCGGUCAUGGAUACCAGUACCGUCAGAUACGUUGCCAAAAUCAUCGUGGUGAAAUUGUGUCAAACAAGGAAUGUGUUGACGAACAACCGAAAGAUGUACGAAGAUGUCAAAAAGAGUCCUGCAGAAGCAAUCCUAAGAGUAGCAAAGAAAAUAAUUUCUCUAAUAUCAUACGCAGAUGGAAAAUGUCUACCUGGACUCCCUGUUCUAAAUCGUGCGGCACUGGGAUACAGACGCGCAGAGUGGAAUGUAUGAUGAGAAGAGGCACCCAUGGGCCGGAAGUACCCGUUAAGGACGAGCAGUGCUCGAGAUUGAAAUUGCGCAAACCGAAAACGCAGAGAUUAUGCCAACGCAUUGCCUGCGGUUAUAUUUGGCAAGAAGGCAUCUGGUCGGAGUGUUCUAUGAUGUGUGGUAAAGGAAUACAACGCCGUGCAGUCACUUGCCAUCGAGUAAAUCACUAUGGCUGGAUCGAUCCAACUCCAACCGAAGGUUGUCCAAUGGAUCAGAAACCAGUUGGAGUGCAAACGUGUACACUACGAGAGUGUCACUAUCAAUAUUAUUGGACUGCUGGUCCUUGGAGGAAAUGUAGUCAUUUCUGUGGACGUAAAGGCCGACAAAUCCGCAAACUUUAUUGCCACGAUAUAACCGGCAGAAAAGUUGCUCGACGUCACUGUUCACUGAAAUUCAAGCCACAACGAAAGCGCAAAUGUAAUCAAAGAAGAUGCGGACCGAUUAGCUGUCUUGAAAUUCAGAAACGCCUCAAGUUCUCUAUGGAUGGUGAAUAUCCAUUAUUGAUCGGUGGUAGAAAUAUGUCGAUCUAUUGUCACAGAAUGGCAGGUACCGAGCCGUUAGAAUAUCUAACAUUACCAGCUGGCGAUAACGAAAACUAUGCGGAGAUCUACGAUAAAAGGUUAAACAAUCCAUAUACGUGCCCGUUUAAUGGCCAAAGAAAUGACAGUUGUGACUGUGUGUCUGAAGUGGAUAAGAGUUUCUCUGGCAAAACAAUGUUCAAAAGAGUACGCAUAGAUCCCGUAAGAUUAUACAUUAUAGCAAAUGAUUACACGUUUUCGCGCACCAAGGGAAAGAAGCGUGUGGAAUAUGGCACAGCUGGUGAUUGUUACAGUCUCACUCAUUGUCCACAAGGUCGUUUCAGUAUCGAUUUGGGAGGUACCGCCUUGAGAUUAUCAUCAGAAGUAACAUGGAUUAGUGAUCCAGAAGCCUCGAAUGCUUUCGUAGUCCUCAAUCAAACUAAUUAUCAGCGAAUUCGUGGUAAAUGUGGCGGUUAUUGUGGCAUCUGCAUACCGAAGAUAGGUCUAAAGCUGGAUGUUAUAUAAAGCUGGAUGUCCUUAAUCAACUCUGUGUCGACCUAUCUUACGAUCUGACCGAGAAUUUCUCAUAUCACUAUUUAAUUACUACUUACGUUUAUUAUUUUCAAUAUUUGGGUAUAUAAAUAUUUCGAUUACUAUAUAAGUAUCCGAAUAUUUGAAAGUGUCUAAAGUUUUGAAUACAUAUGCCUACUUGAUUAACUUAUUCGGCUUGUUAAUUACCUCAGUGUAUUAGAUUGAAUGGUCUAGACUAGCAUUUAAAUAUUUUAUCAAUAUUUGUUUUUAAUUGACCGAGAAAAGUAUUAAUUUUCCUUCGUCUUUCUCUGAAUAUGAUUCUUUUUCAAAUAUAGAAAUUCUAGAAUACUUCGAUAUUCGAACAUUCAGAUAUUGUUCGCAAAGUCAAAUACUUAGAUGUAAUCUGAUUCGAUCUGAUUCGAGCGGCGAUUCACUACUUGCGAGGUACACUAUCUCGUUUACAUCGAUAGCAAUCAUGUAGGCAUGUGGCGUUAUAACCACCGAUUCGCUUUAGAUUUAAUUAGUUUUUUUUUAUAUAUAUAAUUUUCGAUAUAAAGAGACAAAAGUAUCGGAUAACAAUACCAAAACACAGUUCACCAGACCAGGCGAGUGUGGGCUAAUAUACAUGUAUAAUAGUGAAAUGCACAUGAUACGAUGUGCAUUUAUAAGUUUCCACUGCCGAUAAGUACGUGCCGAUAAGAUUAUAUAGAGUUAAAAUUACAAUUUAUAGUUAUGGAAUUUAUGAAACUUUUAAAAUAGCUGCUUCUCGAUAAUGGUUUGUAAACAGCGCAGUCUGUAAAAUUGGAUUUUAUCCAUUACGCGCUGUCAGCGCAACGUAUAUGCGUAGCGCGUAAUAGUUUAAAAUCGUAUAUAAUACAUAAAAAUAAAAAUUGUUUACGAUAUAGUAAAGACGAUAUUCUAGGCAAGCGUCCUGAAAGUACGUAGAUUUAAUAGUUGAAAUUAAUUAUAAUCCAAGUUAUAUAGUUACAAGUUGUCCUUUCUUAAAUUUAUCACGUCAUAAAAAGGUAGAAACAUGAUAGCAAUAAAACUGCGCAUUUAGAUACUUGGAAAGUACUUGUGCCAAGUUGCAGAUGUGUAUGUAAUUGUGUUCUGUCUGUAGAAAACACGUUUCUCGAGGAUUAAAAGGUAAAAGGAGCUACGCGCGCGCACACACACACACACACACAAUUUAAAGCAUGUUCCUCUGUUAGAAAUUUUAUUCACAACAAAAACAGCGAAAUCGCAUGUAUGUCGAUUAUACGUAUAUUGACAUUUCAUACGCAAAUUCAUGCGCGGAAACAAUCAUUAAUACAUUGUUUUCUACGGACAUUUUACGAUUAACGUUAUGCUCUCUUUCAAUGAUCUUAUAAUCCUACACAGUUUUAAAAAUUCAUACACUGCCAUUUUUUUAUAAUGCGCCAUUAAAUGUUGGAAGGUUGCAAUGGAAAUCAAUGUUUUAUUUUUACUUUUAACACGUUUCGACUGCAGCGUCAGCUUAUAUAUGAGCUGAUUUUCGUACCAUGCACCAUGAUAAGAAAACGGCAUUCCGUUUUCUUAUAUCGUCGAAUGUCGAUAUCAUAUAUCAAUAAGAUAUAAUGUAUUCGACAUGUCUCAAAAAUAUCAUUUAUAGGUAACUAAAAAGAAAUUUUCUAAUUCAUGUAUAGAUACUGUUUCGUUAAUAAAAACGUUAGUAAAAAGAUUUGAAUAAAAAUUAGAACGAAAGAUAUUAAAGCCAACAAAAUUGAUCUGUACAAUCUUACUAAUGGUUAUGAAAUUUGCGUCAUUAAAUAUGGAGUUGUUAUCAUGUGCAGUCGAAUGCUCUAUAAUUCAGGCAACUGCUAGCUGUAUAAAUACGUAGUGUAUCUCGAUAGACUGCCAUAGUUGUAUUAUUAAUAUGCGAUAAGUAAGUAACGAUUAGUCUGCUAAUCUUGGCCACAAUGUAACAUAAUAAAAUCUGACGAGGACAUAAAUUGUGCUAUUUAUCUCGUAAAUACUGGAUUAGUAAGAAUUUCUAUUUCUUAGUGUUUUGCAAGUACUAAAAUUAACGAUAUUAAUCGCGACAAUUUUAAUGUAGGAAAAUGUGUAAAGGAUUUACACAUAUUUACUUAAUUCUUCUUGAUACUUAAUAACAAGGCUAGCGACAGACAGUGUUGUGAUCCCUUUAGUGGCUUCAUAGUAAAAAUGUGUGUCGUUAAAAUAGAAGCGCUAUAGCUUUAACGCUACCGUUUCAUGCGGAAUAAGUAAAAUAAAAAGCUUUUAUUGUAUACGUGAUAAGCACAGUGUUUUUAAAAUAAAUUAACUUACAUUAUCAA